UUUAAUUUUUUUUUAAUAAACCGGAUAUAAAAUCUAGUGGAAAAGAAAGAUUUCAAAGAGAAAGUUGCUGGAUCUGUUCCGCAUUAAUCAAGCAGAGUUUUUCAUAGUUUCAUCUAAAGUGAGUCAAAAGCUAAACUAUAAUGGGAAAAGAUUACUACAAAAUAUUAGGAGUAUCUAAAGAUGCAACUGAGGCUGAAUUAAAAAAAGCAUAUCGCAAACUUGCCUUAAAAUAUCAUCCUGAUAAGAAUAAAGCAGAAAAUGCAGCUGAAAAAUUUAAGGAAAUUGCAGAAGCAUAUGAGGUUUUAAAUGAUUCAAAUAAACGCGCUGUAUACGAUAAGUAUGGUGAAGAAGGGCUCAAAGGCGGCAUUGGUAGUAGUGGAGGAGGUGGUGCUGAGUUUUCUGGGUUUCCUGCUGGUGCCACUUCAUUUACAUUUGAUUCAAGCCAUUUCGAUCCAUUUGAUACAUUCAAAAAUUUCUUUGGUGAUGAAGAUCCUUUUAAAGAUUUUAUGUUUGGAGGAAAACGAGGCUUUCCUCGCUCAGGUCAAGCGAUGGAUGAUUUUGGGUUUACUUCUUUGUCAAGGAAGCAACAAGACCCGCCUGUUGAACACCAACUUCCUGUUACAUUUGAAGAAUUACUCACUGGCGUUAGUAAAAAAAUGAAAAUUACUCGAGAUGUUAUUGUCCCUGGGACAAAUAGUAAACGAUCAGAACCAAAGAUUCUUGAAGUGUAUGUUAAAAAGGGUUGGAAAGAGGGGACUAGAAUAACAUUUCCAAAAGAAGGUAACCAAUCAUUAAACAAAACUCCUGCUGAUAUUGUUUUUGUUAUUAAAGACAAACCUCAUAAUCGUUUUACAAGAGAUAAAGAUAACAAUUUGUUAUAUACGGCAAAAAUAUCUUUGCGUGAUGCCUUGGUAGGGUGUCAUUUCCCUUUAAAACUAUUAGAUGAUCGAGUAAUCAAUAUUGAGAUGAAAAAUGUGACACCUAGCACAAAAAAGAUUGUUAGUGGAGAAGGUCUUCCACUGCCUAAAAACCCUAAUCGAAGAGCUGACUUAAUUGUGUCUUUUGAUAUACAAUUUCCAACAAAUUUAAGUCAUCAUCAAAUGGAAAUACUUAAAACUACUCUUCCACCGUAAUUAAUUUUUAAUUCAAAACAUUAUCUUUUUCCUGGUAUGUUAUGUAUAUUUGUUUAUUUUAAAUCUUAGUUGAAAA